CCUAGCAAGAUGGUGGCACCCAGGGCGCCCCUGCACCUGAUGGCGCCAGUAUGGAACCGGGGUACCAGGGGCAUCCGUGGCCUAAGUAAGGCAGUGGCCCCGGAGGGCAGUCAGAGGAAGGAGAGGUCCCUGCUCCAGUUCCUGGCUGACCACUUCUAUGACGUGCAGGCUCUCAGGGAGUACCUGCUCCGAAAGCAGGUAUUGAAGGUGCACCAGAAAAACCGGCCCUUCACCCACAUCAAGGAGCACUUCGGUCCCCACGCCGCGGGUGCCUAUUUCAUCCUGAAGCAGGGCGGCGCAGUCAGGUUUCAGGGCAAGGAGUGGAUCCGGCCAAAUGCGCGUGGCCGCUUCUCUCUCGACUUCCUGACGUUCCCAGCGGUGCCUGUAGAGGCAGUCGAUGCCAGUGGCAGUGCCAUCAACUACCACGGCCUGGACAGCCUCCUGACCCUGAAGGAGCUCCAGUCCCUGUGGCUACGGCACUGUCCCCACGUGGAUGACUGGUGUCUCAGCCGCCUCCACCCGCUGGCCAACUCGUUGCAGGAGCUCUCGCUGGCCGGUUGUCCCCGAAUCUCUGAAAGGGGCCUCGCCUGCCUCCACCACCUCCAGAACCUCCGCAGGCUGGACAUCUCCGACCUCCCCGCCGUGUCCAACCCAGGCCUCACGCAGAUCCUGGUGGAAGAGAUGUUGCCCAACUGCGAGGUUCUGGGGACUGACUGGACCCAGGGCCUCGGGUUGGGGCCGGAGGAGCAGUCUCAGGACACAGCCAGCCCCGUCCCUGCCUAGCCCUCGGCCUGCUUCCCGUCGAGCUGGGCAUCAGCGGGGCCCCGUGGAGGGGCUGACAGUUC